AUGUUGAACAGUGCGGUCGAUUCCCGCAUUUUCCGCAAUCUUUUCGGAACGGAAGAGAUCCGCGACAUAUUCUCAGAUGAAGCUUACAUCAAGUGUUUGGUUGAAGUUGAAAUUGCUCUUGCGCGAGCUGAAGCAAAGGUGAAUGUUAUCCCACACGAAUCAGCCAAUGUUAUCGCAGAGAACGCCAAGUACGAAAACCUAGACCUCGACCGCAUGGCUGCGGACACCGAAAAUGUUGGGUAUCCCGUCUUGCCGCUGGUGUGGCAAUUGGCCGAGAUGGUGCCCGGGGAACAUGCCAAGUACAUCCAUUGGGGUGCCACAACACAAGAUAUCAUGGACUGCGCUUCCAUGGUGCAAAUGCGUAGAGGACUUGUUAUUGUCCGUCGGAACCUUCAUGAGUUGAAUGCGACUCUAAAGUCUCUUUCGGAGAAAUAUGCCGACACACCCAUGGCAGGCAGGACCCAUCUCCAACAUGCUCUUCCAAUCACAUUUGGCUAUAAAUGCGCCGUAUAUCUCUCUGGUCUCCAACGGCAUAUCCAAAGAUUGACCGAAAUAGAGCAUCGUUGUUUGCUGGUCCAGUUCGGCGGCGCAGCAGGAACAUUGGCAUCGCUCGGCUCGGAUGAUACCGGUCUGGAGGUGCGAAAACAACUUGCGACGGAGCUCGGGUUACACGAUCCAUCAAUUACAUGGCAUGUGGCACGGGAUCACAUUGCCGAAAUCAUCAACUUUCUAGCACUCAUCGGGGGAUCUCUAGGGAAAAUCGCUCUAGAUAUCAUCAUAAUGUCGUCUAAUGAAGUUGCCGAGGUGGCUGAGCCCUUCGUACCAUUUCGGGGAGCGUCGUCAACCAUGCCUCAGAAGCGAAACCCUAUAUCAAGCGAAGUUAUACUUGCCUCUUCGAAGCUGCUUCGGUCGAACGCAUCAUUGGCUCUGGAUGCCAUGGUGUCCGAUUUCGAACGAGCUUCUGGCCCCUGGCAUCUGGAGUGGAGCUGCGUUCCAGAUUCAUUUGUCCUAUGCUGUGGCGCGCUACACCAAGCAAAUUUCGUUAUCAAGGGCCUUCUCGUCAACACUGAAGCCAUGUCAAACAAUCUCAACAUGACCAAGGGCCUGAUUGUUGCGGAGGCAGUGAUGAUGGGAACUGCGCCGAAGCUUGGUCGCCAGAGGGCACAUGACGUAGCUUAUGAGGCCUGUACAAAGGCAAUAGAGGGAAAUCUCCCCUUGAUCGAUGUCCUUCAACAGGAUAACAGUCUGGUAGCUGAAGUCGGAGUGGAGAGGCUAAGGUCCCUUUGUGAUCCAUGUCAGUAUCUUGGGUGCUGCCGACAGAUGAUUGAGAAUGUCAUUCAUGAUGAAUAG